GCAAAGGAAAACACCGCGGCGGGGCCCCCGCCCAUGCGCUGCCCCUUCUACGAGGAGAUGGACUGCAUCAUGCGGGGCGGUGGAGGCAACGGCGGCCCCCGCGCCACCUUCUUCUCUGACACUGGCGAUGUGGCCUCGGGCCUGGAGAUGCCAGAGGGCACCGCCGCCUCGGAGCGCUGGGGCCUGUCGCGGAGCUGGGUCUGCCCGGCCACGGCCUCGCGCAGCUGGGGGCCGCAGGAGUCAGGCGCCUGCCCGUCCAGGGCGCAGGCUGCGCUGGGUGAGGUGUGCGCCGUCCGCGUGAAGGAGGAGGAGACGUCCGGGGAGGAGCUGCCCCCUGAGCCCGACCCGUCUGUGUCCGCGGGGGAGGAGACGGAGUUGGCACCACGGCGCCUCACCUUGGCGCUGGACCGGCUGGCUCAGCUGCGAGUGCGGAAGCGCAAGGCACGGGAGGAGGGGCCGGCGGAGGCAGCGCGGGGUUCAGGACCCAAGCACGGGCGCUCUCACCUGCUGGAGCUGAAGCGAGCCCGGCGUGCGAGUGCCUGGAGGGCAGAGGAGCGGCAGAGCCUGGCGGAGUUCAUGCAGCAUGACCGGGAGAUGCGGCUCGAGGAGCGGGACUUCCAAGCGCAGCUGCUGGAGCAGCUGCUGCAGAGACAGCUGGAAGCGCUGCAGGCCGUGGUGCAGGCCCCAGCCCCAGCCUCAGCCCCACAGGAAAGGGGGGAGCAGGUGCAGGUGGAGGGUGUGGGCACGGGGCUGCAGUUCCAGGCGCUGCUGGAGCAGGCAGUGCGGGACAGGGGCCACAGCAAGGACGUAGAAGUGGGCACGGCGGAGCUCUGGGGGGAGCCAGGGGCAGCAGGGAAAGCCCCCGUCCCGGCACAGUACUGGACAGCAGAUGAGAUCCUGCGCUGGCUGGUGCCCCAGCAGCCAGUGAACGGGCAGCAGCCGCGGUGCCAGGAGGGGUCACAGGACCUCCGGCUCCUGCCUUCUGGGGGGUCAGUGCCCACCACGGUGUGGGGGGUUGGGGGGAAGCACAGCGCAGAGGUCAAAGGAGCAGAUGAGGCUGAGGGGGGCGUGGAGGCCCCAACAGCAUGGCAGCGCUUCCUGGGCUUCCGCUAUGAGGCCGCAGCGGGGCCACGUGCGGCUUACGGCUGCCUGCAGGAGCUGUGCUGGCGCUGGCUGCAGCCGGAGGUGCACAGCAAGGAGCAGGUGUUGGAGCGGCUGGUGCUGGAGCAGUUCCUGAGCCUGCUGCCAGAGCGGGUGCAGCGCUGGGUGCGGGAGCGGUGUCCCAAGAGCGGCCCUGAGGCCGUGGGCCUGGCUGAGGACUUCCUGCUGCCACAGCGCCAGGCCAGACAGCUGCAACCCCAGGUGCUGGAGCCUCCCUGGGGAGGGGCUGAAGGUCCUGGUGCUGCGGAGCAGGUGCUCCUGGGCCAGGGGCAGAGAGAGACAGACAGGGACCUUGCACAGGAGGAUCGUGGGAGUGCUGGUCCUCUGGCUCCAGACCUGCGUGGCCAUGCGGCACCUAGGGUAUAUGCAGGGGGCCUAGGGACGGCGGUGGGCCGCAGAAGCAGGGCGGCACCUGGAAGGAGCCGGCUGGUGAAGAAUGGCCUGGAGUCACCACCUGGGGAACGGGGCCCAGAGGAGCUGCAGGCAGCAGCGGGGCAGUCGCUGGAGCUGCGCGGGGCCUCCUGGGGGCAGAAUGCGAGGGCAACAUGGGGAGCUGCAGCGCGAGGUGGUCACAUGGACAGGGCUGAGCCUCCAGCAGACAGGACGUCCAGCCCCUGUGGGAGGCCCCCCCGGUGCCCGAGCCCCGAGGCUGACGGCCCCUUGCCACGGGCAGACCCUGGAUCGCCAUGGGAAGUGGAUGGCAGCACCGAAGGGAGGGCAGAGGGCAGUGCAGCCUGUCCUGGGGGGCAAUCCCAGUGCCAGGGCUGCACCGUGCUGCGGGCCCAGCUGGAGGCGGCGCAGGAGGAGCUGCAAGUGGCCAGAGCCUCCCCCCUACUGGGGCUGAGCGGUGCCGCUCUGCGGGACCUGCAGGCUGCUCUGGGAACCAUCUCGCGUGUGAUGAGUGAGCGGAGACCGCCUGGCGCCAAGGCCCCCCGGGACGUUGCCCAGAGCCCAGGUGCGCUGCUGCCUGCGGACACGCAUGUCUCAUGAUGUCCGAUCCAUGGCUGGCUGCACCUACCACCACAAGGCCACCAGGGAGCCCCAGUCUUGGCAGAACGGGGAUGGACGUCAGGAAUUCCUGCCACUCUUAGGGCCCCAAACUCCCCAGAGCUGGUGGUGCUGAGCACUGUGUUAGCGGCACCAAGGCCUGGAUGAGUCACUGGUGUUGGGCAGCUGCUUACAGGAGCCAGGGGUCAGGGCAGCUGCAGGCUGAACCCCCACAGACCUGCUGCCAGGUCCUGGCUUUGGAUCCCGGGCAUGGUGGGAGCAGAAGGCAGGAGGAGGGGAAGCCACUGCCUCCUCCCAGAGCAGCACGAGGGGUGCCAGUCUCUCCUUCCUGUUCUAUGUUUGGGUUUUUAAGCCUCCGCCAGAGAUGCUGGGUGCUGGCUGCAGCCCACGCUGGGGAUGGGGACUGGGCUGUGCCAGUGUACCUGCUAGGAUCAACCCUGCAGGCUCCUGGCUAGAGGGUCUUGCCCCUACACUCUGGCUCAGUCCGAUGCUGUGCUGGGGGCAGAAUGGCACAUGGCCCCAGGUCCCAGUGCCACCUCCAAGUCCUUUUGGGUCACUGACAGCGGGACAGAGACGGGGCUGAUGGCAGGAGAGUGGUAGUGAUGGCAGCCCCAGCCCUGCCCAUCCAGGCUGUGACUCGGGGCCAUGGGGCCUCAGCACUUAAUAAAGAGUUUUGUCCUGGAUGCCAUUACCUACCUACCUGCCUGGGGGUGUGCACUCAAGCAGGGCCGGGGCUGGGGCUGCAAAGCCUCCUGCUUCCUGCAAGGCUGUGCUGCAUCUUAUGGGGGCAGGCCAUGGGUGAAUGACAGAUUUCUAUUCUGGUUGCUGUGUGGGGUGGGGGGAAAUUCCAGCCCCCACUUCCUGCUCUAUGUGUAGGGGUUUUUAAGCCUCCUCCAGGGGUGCUGGGUGCUGGCUGCAGCCCAGGCUGGGAAGGGGGACUGGGCAUGCCAGUGCUCCUGCUGGGACCAACACUGCAGGGCCCUGGCUAGAAGGUUUUGCCCAUGCGCUUGGGAUCAGACUGAUGGUGCACUGGGGGCAGGAAGGGAUUUCCCCCUUGCUCAGACUGGUCCAGACUGGGGGGAUUUGCCUUUUUCUGCAGCAGGGGCACGGCCUCUGCCUGGGGUCUCUGCAGCAUCCAGGAACUUCCUUGGCAGCAGCAAGAUGUUGGCAGCUGCAGCCCCUCCUGCUUUACUAGGGACAGGGGCAGUGUCUGGGGCUGUGUCCAGGGCAACUGUGUCAUGUGUCUCUGAAGUUGGACAUGGGGUUGUCUGGGCCGAUUUGGACAGGUCUGAUCCUCCCUCAGGUGGGACUUGGACUGGAUGUGACCCCAUAGGUCCCUGCCGGCCCCGCAGAUCUAGGAUGGACCCUAGCACUGACACGUGCUGGCAGGAUUUUGGCCACAGGGCAGUCAUGAGGCAUCCAAGGUAUUCCGGCCCCUUUGUGAUGCACAUGGGACCCCGCACCGGGACAGCCCCAUAUCAGAGUCCGGCUCCCAGAAUGGCAGGGAGGGUCUGGGCCCAGCUGAAGAAGUGCAGCUGGAUGUCCUUCAUGGAGCAGGAGAUGAUGUGGAGCCCAGGCGCGAGAAGGAGGAAGCACUUGCCAGGACCUGAACGCAGCCUACCCCCUCCCACCAACCCUGGCGCCUGUUGCUGCUCCUGGACGCCUUCUGCGCUGGGAUCUGGGCUUCUAGCCUGGUCCUGCUUCGAGAAGAGGGUGAGGCUGUGAACGAGCUCCCACAGCCUGCCUGACCCAGCCCAGCCCUGUCUUCUCCCCACCCCUUCCCCUGUAGAAAAAACUCAUG